AUGACAUCCAGAAAAUCCCCUUCGCCAGCCGACUUCCCCACCAACCUCACAGUAACCAUCACCCCUCCCCAGAGCCCACCCCGCGCAUCCCACCCCGCACCACCAAACAUCCUCCUCCUCCUCCACGGCCUCGGCGACACAGCCGCAGCCUUCACCUCCUUCGCGCGAGCCCUCAACCUCCCCGAAACCACCAUCGUGACUAUCCAAGCGCCCAACCCCCUCCCCUUCGACCUGGGCGGCUUCCACUGGGGCGACGACGUCUCCUUCGACUCGGCGACAGGCACGCUAGACAUGGACGCCGGGUUCAAGCGCGCAACGACCCUGCUGGUAGACGAGGUGAUCCGCGGCGUGCUCGUGCAAAAAUGCGGGUAUCGGCCGCGGGAGAUUCUGAUCCUGGGGUUCGGGCAGGGCGGGAUGGUUGCGUUGGUUGCUGCGAGGGAGCUGAACGAGCAUAAAGCGCAGGGUGCGAGUGCGAGUGCUGGGGGCGGUGCGGAGGAUACGUCUCUGUCCGGGGUGAUUUCCAUCGGGGCGCCGUAUCCCCUGUCGGGGAGUACGGUUGGAGCGAAGAGCCGGACGCCGGUGUUGCUGGUGGGUGGGCGGGAGCCGACGGCCGUGAGUGAUGGGGCUAUACGGCGGACGAAGCAGGUCUUUGAGUUUGUGGAGGUCCAUCAGUACGCGCGCAAAGGGGAUGGGAUGCCGCGGAACCGGGAGGAGAUGAUGCCCGUCAUGCAGUUCUUUGCGCGGCGGUUGCGCAGUUGGCAGGGUGUACCCGAGGGGAGUGUGGAGAUUACAUGA